AUGUGUCUAGGUCAAAAUGUCCUUCCAUUAGAUAAUAAUUUUCCAACAUUUAAAUUAUUUCCUCAACGUAGUGAUUCAAUAGAUAACAGUAAUAAUCGUGCAUCACCAUCAAAUAAUGGUUUAGGAAUAAUUCCAAAAACUUCAAGUCCAAUAGAUCCAGAUGAAAUUGAUUAUCAUCCAAUAACAAUAUCAUCAUUUCGUUUGUUCGGUACAACAACAACAACAACAACAGUAUCAACAUCAAAUCAAAAUCCGACAAAACCUUGCCCGACAAAUUCAUUAAAAAAAUUUUCAUCAACAAUCGAUAAACCGCGACGAAAACGAACACCAAAAAUCGAUGAUAAUAAUGAUGGACAAAAAGUAAAACGACGUAAAAGUGAAAUGACUAUGAAUCAAAAACAAUUAACAUUAACGGAAUUACAACCACCAAUAACAAUGGAAAAAAAGAUUAGUUUAAAUCCAGAAGUAUUUCUAACUAAAAAUUCUUCAAAUUAUCGUGAAAUUGGUUUUUCACCUGUUUCAUCUGCACAAAGUGAUUCUGGUUCAAAUUCAAAUCAUACAUCUGAAUCAUCAAAUAAUUCAGCCGCAAAUUCAAAACAAACACAGACCGAUAUUAGUGGAGCAAUAAAUUCAACGUCAAAUGAACUUGUAGCUAAGAACAGUCAAAUACAAACAUUAACAAGAGAACGAGAUGAUGUACGACGACAAUUAACCGAUUCAAAAAAAGAUUUUGAUAAACAAACAAAUGUACUGCAAAAAUGUCUUGCUGUUAAUAAGAAAUUACUUGUAGAAAAAUCCACACUCGAACGUAAACAAGCACGACAAAAAUGUAUGGAAAAUCGUUUAAGACUUGGUCAAUUUGUUACACAAAGACAAGGUGCAACAUUUGUAGAAAAUUGGACUGAUGGUACAGCAUUUACUGAUAUCACAAGACAACAAGAAACGCUUCAACGUGCACGAGAAGAACUCGAUCGUGAACGUCGUAAUUUAUUACGUCGUCGACCGAAUUAUGAAGUGAAAGAAAAAUUAACCAAAACAUCUUAUACAAGAGCAAAAAGUAAAGAUCGUGGUAAUACAAUAGUAACAACUGAUGAAAGUAGUAAUGAUGGAAUUAAACUAACAAGUGAUGCAAAUAGAGCAAUAAUAAUAAGUGAUUGGUAUGAAUCUGAUGAAAUUUUACGUCUACGCCAAGCAUCAUUGAAAAAAGAAGAAGUCGAUCUUCAAAUUGAAUAUGAAAAACUUGAACGAGAAAGAAAUUUACAUAUACGGGAAUUAAAAAGAAUUUAUAAUGAAGAUCAUUCCAGGUAA